AUGGAUGAGGAGGAACCUUCAAGAACCAAGAGAAAACACCAGAAAGGAAGGGGCAGCUCGCUGCGCAAGAGAAGCCGACAGACUACUGGCACUGAUGAAUCUUCUGAUGACAAGGCUAAUUGCUCAGAAAUUCUCUACCCCUGCCACAUUUUUGACCAGCAAGUCCAAGAUCAAAUCCGCUCAUUAAAGCGAGGCGUGGAAGGAGAAGAGGAUGAGCAACGUUUGGUGGAGUGGAGCUCUGCUGUUCAAGAAAAAUUGCAUCAACAAGAUGAUUUGAUUGUGAAGAACAUUCGCUUAGUGCGUGAUUUUCGAAGCCUUCACGAGAAGUGCCAUGCUCUGCAGAAAGAGAAAUUGAAGCAAAUGAGGAAAAUUCAACAACUCAAGGAUGAAACAAGCCAUUGCAAUCUACAAAUACAAGGAAUCCAAUCAAAAGGUUCCAAACAAGAAAGGGCAAAGCGGUUCCUGCUGUCCCUGAAAAGCUCAAAAAGCAAGAUCUAG